GUUUAUGUGUGAGGUGGGUGUGGUCAGGUGUUCUUGCUGGUUUUCUGCGCUGCGUUCGGCGAGGCUGGAUUUCUCCGCUGCGGAUAAACCCUCAACAGCUCGCUUUGAGACUCAGCUGAAGCUGCGGGGCAGUCGGUAAUAUCAGAAGGCGGCUCAUCUCUUUAUUUAUUUUUUAUUCCGUUUAUUUAAUUCACUUUUACUUUGAACCCAAAACCUACCUUUUGCCUUCCCUACCUCCCCUUUUUAAUCAGCGUGUAUUUUUAUUACCUUAUUUUGUUUUCGGUAUCUUCAGAGUCGGGAUCUGUGACGGCUCUUCAUGGCAGUCAGAAGGGGACACAUUAGAUACUUAAAAGAGGUAUAUGACAUGUCGAACGGUUACGAAGAUCACAUGGUGGAUGAGCCAAAAGACCCCAAAACCAACCUAAUAGUAAAUUAUUUACCUCAGAAUAUGAGCCAAGAUGAGCUGCGCAGUCUCUUCAGCAGCAUCGGGGAGGUGGAGUCCGCUAAACUGAUCCGUGACAAAGUAGCAGGCCACAGUUUAGGGUACGGAUUUGUUAACUAUCUUAACCCUAGUGAUGCAGAAAGGGCAAUCAGUACACUCAAUGGCCUGAGGCUACAGUCUAAAACUAUCAAGGUUUCCUACGCCAGGCCCAGUUCUGACUCCAUUAAAGAUGCUAACCUUUAUAUUAGCGGGCUGCCAAAGAGCAUGACUCAGAAGGAUGUGGAAGACAUGUUCACACGUUAUGGUCGGAUCAUCAACUCUCGUGUGCUUGUCGAUCAGGCUACAGGACUUUCUCGAGGGGUGGCGUUUAUCCGCUUUGAUAAGCGCGCAGAGGCAGAGGAUGCCAUCAAAGACCUGAACGGACAGAAGCCUCCGGGAGCGACAGAGGCCAUAACAGUUAAAUUUGCUGCAAACCCCAAUCAUGUAAAGAACACCCAGAUCAUCUCUCAGAUUUACCAUGCCCAGUCUCGCCGAUUCGGAGGACCUGUCCAUCACCAGGCUCAGAGGUUCAGGUUCUCCCCGAUGGGUGUGGAUCACAUGAGCAGCAUGUCAGGCGUGAAUGUACCAGGGAACUCUACAUCUGGUUGGUGCAUCUUUAUCUACAACCUGAGUCAGGAUACAGAUGAGGGCAUCCUGUGGCAGAUGUUCGGGCCCUUUGGCGCCGUCACCAACGUCAAGGUCAUUCGCGACUUCAACACCAACAAGUGCAAAGGCUUCGGCUUUGUCACCAUGACCAACUAUGAGGAGGCGGCCAUGGCCAUUGCUAGUCUGAAUGGCUACCGCCUCGGGGACAAAAUCCUGCAAGUCUCUUUUAAAACCAGCAAAUCGCACAAGUAGAGAGCAUGCAAGCACACCCGGUUCCCUCAGUUCCCCAGGUUUUGUACAGUAACGAAGUUUGGCGCGAGUUUGAAGAGUUAAACUAUUUUUUUUUUCUUUUUCUUUUUUUUGUGUACUCUACACACAGCAGGUCUUCACUUUGUCUCUAGUGUUCUACUGAGCAGAUCGUAUUUUCUUUCUAUUUUAAUUGGAAUUGUGGGAUGCUGAAAAUGUUAUUGAUAUGUUGUGGGUGUCUCAAAGCAUACCCCAGUUCUGCAUCUUACGAGAGUUUUAACAACGUUAAUGUGUGAUACUAGUGUCUGUGUGCCAUAUGCAUGGUCAGACUUGUAGGACACUGGCUUCAGCGUCCAGUUCAGCACCCCAGAUUUAUUACAGUGUUCAGUAUUUAAGUUGCCUUAUUUUUCCACCCCUUCUUUCCUUUAAAAUGCCUCUUUUAAAGCCCCCUGGAGCACUUUACUGGUUGUGUUUACAACUGGACUGCAGUUUUUUCUUUGCCCUCUUCAUGUCAAAAGCUGCAGCGGGAAGCACAGCCGGCUCUGGGACUCUGGGCUGCCGUGGCAGAAAAGGCGAAGCGUGUGUUUGUAACACAGAUGGUUAAAGUGUGUGUUCGAUGAGUGGAACGUGUUAUAUAUUGUAAAAUUCGUCUGAAAGGGACCCUCAGAGAGAAAACGUGACAAAAAAAGGACCAAAGAAAAGGUUGAAUUCCCCACCCCCAAAAAGCAAGUGAGCCAUUUGAGUGAGUUUCGCCCCCUCCAAAAAUGAGUUUAAUAUUCUGAAGGUUUUUUGGUUACCUGGUACUAAUAAUGUAUCUCUGUUCAGAGUUUUCACAUUUCAGCAUCAGCGAUCUCUUUGUGAAGUUUUGGUUUUCUUUUUUUUUUUCCUUUAAGUUUUCUUUAUUUUUGUUUUUUUUUUCUAAUUGGCCAUUUUUUCUUUUGAAUUUAUUUUGUUUAUGUGCAGUUUAGAGUGGUUAGAUAAAAGUUUGUACUAAUCCAAAUGCUUCUGAAGAUUGCCUUUGUGAUCGUUUUGUCGAUUUUUGUUUGUUUUUCUUUCUUUUUUUUCUUCUUUGAUUUGCUUUGAGUUCAUGUUUCCUUUGUUUUGAUUGUUUCACUUGGCAUUUACGAUCAUUAAAUUUUAUUUCUUUUUGCUGAAAGUUUUGUUUUGUUUGGGUUUUUUUUUCUUCUUAUUGCUUUUAUGAUUUAAUUUUAAUUCCUUUUUCACUUUUAGGAUAUGAAGGAGAUUCAGAUCCAUACAGUUCUGUUAGUAUAAAUAAUAAAACUUUGGUAUGACGAGUUGAAGCAAAGCCCAGGAUGGUUAGUAAGAGAUAAGAUAGCCAAUGUAAUAGCUAGCUUGAUGUUUGAAUUGGCUGUCGAGCUAAAGGUAAGAUAAGGUUGAACACGAUAAUGUUAAACAGUUAAGGUGCUUUUUCUGCACCCUAGUGUAUAUAGUCUAAAUCACACAAUGUUUGUGUCAGAGGGUUAAAAUUACAUACAUCUCCAACCAUGUUAGCAAAUUUAAAAUGAAAGGUUUGCUUCACCCUCAGCUAAAUUUGGCUGGAGCAAAAUAAUGGUUCGUGGUUGAUUCUAUGAACAUGUUAGCUCAAUUCAUUUACUUCCCCAGAGUAAAAAUGUUAAGAUUUAGGUUAUUCACAACUGUUGAACAACAUUUUCAAAUUACUAUUAAAUAUGAUUUGGGUUUGAUUAAGGAUGUAGCUAACUUUAUGCCCAAUAUUUUCUAACCUUAAAGGCACUGCUAUAUUAUGUAAAUAACACUGAGAAGCGAUUCAGACUUAGCAACACUAUUUGUCUCCUCAUCUAAUCUAUUUAGGUACUAGCGAGGUGAUUUUAGUUUAAUCCCUCAGUUAUGUUCGCUAACUUUUGGAAACUAAAAAAAAAGAAGUUGGCUCCACCCUCGCUAAUAACUAGCUAAUAUGCACUAAAAGGGAUUUUGGCUAAUUAGCAAACUGUUAGCUAGUUACUUAAUGGACUGAAUGAAACCAUCUUGUGUAACAUCUGAUUUAGCUAAUACAGAAUAAUAUAUGUUGAGUACACUCUCAGCCUUGCUUUUUAACGGGCUAACCAAGCUACUGUAUGAGGAAUUAAGGUAUUUUUUUCCCUCAACUAUCUUAGCUAGCUUAACUAAGUAGCUAGCUAGCUAGCAAUUACAUAAAAAAAGACCAUAUAUUCAACAAAAUGUAUAUCACAUUAGGUAAUGGAUGGAUAAUAUAAAUAAAAAGUAAUGUUGGUUUGUUGUGCCCUCAACCAUGUUAGAUAGUUGGCAGCUACCUUUUUUAGAAAGUGAUAUUUUAUCACUGUCAGCCACAUUUCGGUAGGCUAUUAGCUAGCUAGCUUUCAGCUCAGUCAUAUCUCUUAUUUAGCAGCUUACACACUCUUAAGUGUUUUGGUUAGCAAUACCCAACUUUAACUUUAUCUUGUACACAUUGCUUGACAAAAAACAACUUUUUUUCAACUUUAGAUAAGUAGUUAAAUUAGAAAUAAUCUUUUACUGGCUAACUUGGGUAGCUUGUUAGCUAAGGUCUGGCUAAGCUGGAAACAGUCAGCUUUACCUUUAAUCUUUUGUGAUUCCUUCAUCAACAUUUAAAAGCGGAGGAGAUAAGAAGAGAGGACCAAAUAACGUGUAAAAUGAAGUAGAGUGUAAAUGAAUAUAUUGUGAUGGUGGGAACUGAAUAUUCCCAGAGUUGUUUCAGCAGUUUGGUGCCUUUGGGUUGGCCCUGUUCUGACAUUAGCUCUGUUGUAUUGAGCAGAGGAGCACUGGGACUUGGUAAUAUUCAGAGAAACACAAACUCAGUCAUUUAUAGACAUGUAGCAGAUGAUCAGACUGUGUUUUACUAUUCAGACUCCAUUUGCCUUUGUAAGCAUCACUAGCUACAGAAAUAGAGUAGCUGUCACUGUAAAACAAGAAAAUAAGAUGUCUAAAUGCAUUUUUGAACCAUUUUAAUAAAUCAUUUAAUGGUAUCAGAAUUUUACGUUAUGUAAGGGGGUUCUUCAAGCUUUAAAAAGGUCCUACUACUAAAAUUAUAAGUGGUUUAAAGUAUCCAUUUAUUCACCUGUAUUUGUAAUAAUGUUUUUUUUUUUUGUUUUUUUU